CAUGUAAAGAUCCCCCACCAUCAAUGAUAGCUUCUACCAUGCCAACCACAACAGUCUUGCCUCGUGCGCAGUUCGCAAUCCUGCAGAGCAGAGCAGAGCCUCAACUUUCUUCGCCCGAUGGUCUAGCCUGAAGCUUCAUAGAUAUUUCUGUUUAUAGGUAUCCACGUCUAUCUCAUGUCUCCAAAAAACAGCCUCGUCCUUUUCAUUGGAUUGAGUACAUUUUGCAUAUCACUACCCAAGACAUACUGCCUAGAUCAACUACCCUUUUCAAGUUCUAAGUGCACCAGAACCAAUCCCCUCGUUAGGUAUACUCGGAUAUUUAAAAACACACCCCAUCCAGUGUUUCUUCAGCAGACCCUGUUGGCCGCCUACCGUAGAGGUGGACAGCACUCUCACCUCGCCUCAAGUAGGCAUCCAUCAACACUCCUAUCCGUACCAAUCGUGAAGCUCUAUGGCCUCAAUCGUGUUCACAUUAUUUGUUUACUCGCAAAUCCCAUUCGAGAAGAUGUCACCAGGAUCAACGCUGAUAUGCUAUCCGCGAAGCAGGCAGUUAUUGGCACUCUAGAGCCUCAGCCUAUGCAACGUUCUAUGAUCCUGUUGUACAGCGUGACGGUGUUGCUUCAGAACUUUGGGUAACAUGACGCCUUUUUCCCAUGUGUUGUUGUCCAAAUGGGCAUUAUAGGCGAGGAGCCUUGUCUCUGGAAACUAAUCGGCGACGCGACGGUGAUUUGAAGCGUCAAGAAGCAGGUGAUGCCGUGGUGCCUUGCUUUAUUUGUGUCGCUCCGGGCGGUAGGGAGGAUUUUACAAAGCGCGUGAUGAUGAUUUGGCGCUUGAGUUACAUUUCUUUGUCUCAAGAACCCGAAAUUACAGUCUCAGAUGCCUUAUG